UAGGGCUUCCCUUGGACAUCCGCGAGCUCUUCAGGCCUUACGACAUCCGCUCGCCGCCGCGGGCUCUUCAGCGCUUCACUGCCAUCGAGCUGCCGACCUAGCGGAGGCGCACGAGUAGAAACGGCGGCUUCCUCCUUUCUGCCGGUCUUCUAAGAAGCAACAGUGAUGAUCCCACAUGACCCUAAGUGACCAGCAGCAACAAUCUCAUCCAUGUAGCUGUCAAAUUUAAAUUUUCUGGAUCUGGGAAGGUUAAAUUUUCUAGAUCCGGGGAAGAUUGAUUUGUUGUUGCUUCAUGGAGGUGGUUGUGCUCUUUUGGUUUUGGGGAUAGUUAACCUGUUUUUCUCUUCUUUUUCUCUCUCUCCUCACGUUGAGGGGACUUGCCCAAGAGAGUUGAUAUGGAUGAAUCAAUUGAUAUGAGUGAUGCUCUGGCACAUGCUUCCAACCCAGAUGACAACAUAAGGUCAAUAGGAGAAGGCAUGCUAAAGCGGCUCCAUAAUCUUGAUCUUCCCAACUUCCUCCUACGACUAUCAUCUGAGCUCUUGAGGGAGGGGAGUCCAGAAGAGUCUAGGGCACUUGCUGCCAUCACCCUUAAGAACUCAUUGGACUCAAAGGAUCCUGCACUCAAGGACGCGCACGAGGAUCUACUUUCUCUAAAAUGGCUCAACCUCCAUCCCUCAAUCCGAUCCGAGAUUAAAACGAACUUGCUCAUGACACUAGAAUCUGAUUCAAGGCAAUCUCAUUCAAGGCGCCCCUCAUCAAAAGUUAUUGCAAAAGUUAUUGCCAGAGUUGCAUGCAUGGAGAUACCCCGGAAUCAAUGGCUGGACCUUGUUGGUAAAUUAGUGGACAACAUGGCAAGUUCAUCUUCUUCCCUAAAGCAAGCAACUCUAGAGGUGCUGGAGUAUAUCUUCGAGGAGAAGAUCCCUAAAGUUCUUAAGGGGAAUCAAGUGGAUGAUGUUAUGGCUUGUGUCAUCAAUGCAUUGAAGAACCAGGUUCUAAGUUCUGAAGUCCAUCUGGCAGCCCUUAAAGUUCUACUCAACAUUCUUGAGUUAGCUAAGUUUAAAGGUCAUGCUUGGAGAAAUUCUAUAGUGGCAGUUUGUGAUGUGGCAGUAGUGACUGUUUGUGAUGUGGCAGGAGGCCGGGGUGAAUCUGGAGCGGAGAUCAAAGAGGCGGCAUUUGAGUGCCUUGUUGCAAUGGCAUCCACUUGUCAUACCAAAUUAGAACCAUACAAGGAAAUCAUGUUGAGUCUUACAUCCCAAGCUUUGGAAGGAGAUGUGGAAUCAGUUAAAGUCCAAUGUAUUAAGUUGUGGAUGACUAUUUGCCAAGAAGAGAUUAAUUGGGAAGAGGAGGAGGAGGAAGAAGGAGGAGAAGAAGGAGAAGAAGAAGAAGAAGAAGAAGAAGGGGCAUCUAGCUUUAUUGUUACUCUCUGUUCAUUUGUUCCACUUCUCCUACGCACUUACUUAAAAGAAGAGGGAGAUUUAAAACAAGAGGACAUUUGGAAACAGGAAGAUGAGGGAGAUGGAGACAUUUCCAUGACUGCGGAACAAGAAGAAGAGGGAGAUGGAGACAUUUCCAUGACCACAGAACAAGAAGAAGAGGGAGAUGAAAAUGUGGAACAAGAGGAAGAUGAGACUCUACAAGGCAUUUCCAUGACAUGCCUAGGCCUUGCAGCUCGAAUUAUGAAGGGUGGAAUUGUCCCCCUUGUGAUGCAUUUUGUUGUGGAAAACAUGAAUGGGCCACAUAAGGUAGCAGCAUUGUCUCCAUUAGGUUUUAUCCUUGAAGGUCCCUCUGUCAAGCAACUUGCUCCUGUGGUUGAUUUAUUGCUUACCAUGAUGGAAGAUGGGGAGGAAGGUGUAAGAGGCAAGGCUGCAUGGAGUCUUGGGCGGCUGUUUGAGCUUGUUGGUGCAAAUAGAAUUAUGAGAAAUAAAGUGGUGACCCUGGAUGGGAUCAUGAGGGUCUUGAUAGAGGGGAGCAAAGAUGUCCCUCAAGUGUCCACUGAAGUGCAUGGAGCUCUAUGUUUUCUUGCAAGAAGUUAUGGAGAUGAUGCAAAGUCAAAGUCAAACUUAUCUCAGCUUUCACCUUUUGUUCCGCCUGUUAUUGAUGCUCUCAUUUGUGCUUCAGAUCUGGCUAGGGAUACUCCUUAUAGGCUUCUUGCAUGUCCUUAUAAAGCAUUGAGUGAGAUUGUAAGAGUCAGUCAUGUUCAAGACUUGCAAGUCUGUCAGGCACUUAUAGGUUUGAUGUCUCAUAUCAUGAGAAGAUUGAACACUGUGCUUCAUGGUCAUGGUGCAAUUUCAUCUCUUAAGAGGAAGAACCAACUUGAGGUCUUGCUGUGUGGUCUACUUAAUGUCUUAAUCCACAAGCUUGGAAGCAGCAAUAACUUUACACUUAAGUGGUCUGCUAAAUGUGUGUUGCUGUUAUUGUGCCCUCUGUUGACCCGUGACAGUACUAGUGCACGUGAUGGAGCAGCCCUUGCCAUUGGUGCUCUUGCUCAUGCCAUUGGUGGUGAUUUUGGACAACACAUGCCUAUGCUGCUACAAUAUUUUAGUGUGAAGCGACUCUUUCCAGUUUAUCUAGAAGUGAUGUGUGAUAUUUGCCAAGUCUUGGGAAAAAAGGGGAAAAAGGAAGAAGUGGUGCCAUCCUUUGAUCAUAUUAUGGAUGUUCUGUGCCAAGGUAUGACAGAAGUGACACUUCAGCCUCCAAUUCUAUCAAGCAUUGGACAGAUUGCUCUUGCUCUUGGUGAGAAAUUUGAGAAAUACCUGCCUCUAGUUAUGGAAAAGCUUCUAGUUGUGGAAAAGCUUACUCAGGUCAAGUCAGAGGGUAAGGAUGAGGAUCAUAGUACCAAAGUUAGGGAGGGAAUAUUUGAGGCCUACUAUGGCAUAAUAGGGGGUAUAACUGACCCAAGGUCUGGAUUCAAGGUAGGAUUGGCUCUACUUGACUUCAGUGAACAGGAGAGGAAGAGAAGGGACAGGGACGGAAGGACCUUGACAGCAGGAGUCCAUGCCUUGUCUCAGCUUCCUCCUAGAGUGGAGGUUUGGUCAGAGGGGUUUAUUCGAUUGAUGCAGGAAGCAAGUAUUUGUGGUCGAGUGCAGGUAACAGAAGGACAGCAGAAAGCAAGUAUUUAUGGUCGAGUGCAGGUAACAGAAGGACAGCAGAGUGGGGGCUUGAGGUAGCAGAAGGAAAGCAAAUAUACCUCCGUCUGGAAUUAGUUGACAACUAAUUCGGAAAGGAAGGAAACUCUGCUUUAUUUUGGUUGUGAAAACUGCUUUAUUUUGGGCUGUGGGUUGACUGUUGGAACUGCCUUUAUCCUCUAAUUAAUUAGAAUUAUUA